AUGAGUUUUGGUGCGUGGAGGCUAGAGGCUCUGUUAACCUUCAAAGUGAGUUCUGUUGAGGUGUUUCGCGAACCACGUGAGAAGGAGAUGGAAGUUGCGGUGUUUGUAGUUGGCGGUGGGAUCUGGAUGGUUGAAGAGUGUUCGUACCCAUACAACGACACGCGUGAUGGUUGUGCUGGCGAAGCCCACUGUCAUGAAGGAAGGGGAGGUGACCAAGUUGCGAAGCCAGAGGGUGGAUGCGCAGCGGCGAAAGCACUCGCCAGCGGUUUUGGGCUUAAAAAAGUGGAAGCGUCUGCAAAAAGAGCGGGCCCCUUUGUCGCCAUCACGGGAACCGCUUUGAAGAUAAUGUCGACCCAAAGUGCCCUCAUUCAUCUUCCCCGCACAUGGGACUACAAAGCAGGGGCUGUUUUUGCUCGUGACAUUCAUCCCAGUUCGGUGCCUGACUACAUGAAAAUCGCUCUCAACUACGCCUCAAUCUGCACUGACUCACGCCAACAGGAUUCAGAUGAUGGCUACACGUCCCUCAACGCGCUCGACAGCCUGAAGACACACUCACCGGUACGACGAUCACCCAACACACAUCAUCUCAGUCGUCGUCGUCGCCACCGUCCGCACUCAACCUCCUCGUAUGAGAUUGCUGAUGGGAACGAAACGAGCAGCAGCAACACCGACGACAGAACUGUGGUGUAUGGGCGCGUGCCGAGGGACCUCGUUGAUGGAAUGUACCGUCUGAAGGUUAAGUCCACCACCGCCUCCGCCAACACCACCACCACCUACGCCGUCACAGCUGCAGGCGGAGAGUUCAUGGGGAAUAAGCAUCUGGUGAGGAAGUAUCGCAUGAAGCGGAAGGACGCCGACUCGCUGGAGAAGGAGAGGAGGAAGAGCACAUCGUCGGAUCAGGAGGACGUUGAUGCGCCGUCACGCAGGAAAACGGGCACUCUG